AGGCCAGAGCAGCAGCUGGGAAACCAGACAGAGGAAAAAGUGGAUAAAUCCAUUAAUUGUUGGGAAACUCACAAAGAUGUCAAGGGAACCCCAGCCCAGCAGAGAAUCCUCAGGGGAAAGAGAAACAACCCAGGCACUGAGUGUGGGGAAAACAUCAGUAGAUGCUCAGACCUUAUUAACCAUGAGAAAAUCCAGACGGGAGAGAAACCCUAUGAAUGCUGUGAGUGUGGGAAAAACUUCACUCAGAGCUCAGCCUUCGUUACACAUCAGAGAAUUCACACGGGAGAAAGACCCUAUGAAUGCUGUGAGUGUGGGAAACGCUUUGCUCAGAGUUCAGCCCUUCUGAUACAUCAGAGAAUCCACACAGGGGAGCGACCCUAUGGAUGCUGUGAGUGCGGGAAAAACUUCACGAACAGCUCAGCCCUUAUUACGCAUCAGAGAAUCCACACGGGGGAGAGACCAUAUGAAUGCAGUGAGUGCGGGAAAAGCUUCACUCAGAGCUCAAACCUUACUAUCCAUGAGAGAAUCCACAGGGGAGAGAGACCAUAUGAAUGCUGUGAGUGCGGGAAAAACUUCCCUCGGAGCUCAGCCCUUAUAAGACAUCAGAGAAUCCAUGCGGGGGAGAGACCGUACGAAUGCAGUGAAUGUGGGAAAACCUUCACUGAAAGCUCAGAUCUUCUUAUACAUCAGAGAGUCCACACAGGAGAAAGACCCUAUAAAUGCAGUGACUGUGGGAAAACCUUCACUAAGAGGUCAGUCCUUGUUACGCAUCAGAGGAUCCACACAGGAGAGAGACCCUAUGAAUGCUUUGAGUGCGGGAAAACCUUCACUCAGAGCUCAGCGCUUAUUGCACAUCAGAGAAUCCACAGAGGGGAGAAACCCUACGGAUGCUGUGAGUGCGGGAAAAGCUUCACUGACAAAUCAGCCCUGAUUGCCCAUCAGAGAAUCCACAGUGGAGAGAGACCCUAUGAAUGCAGUGAGUGCGGGAAAAACUUCGCACGUAACUCAGCCCUGGUUACGCAUCAGAGAAUCCACACAGAGACCUGUGCCACCAGAGAGAUCGACGCCUAGGCUCCUGUGCAGCGAAUGGAUAGAGAUCGGCACUGCGGCUCCUGUACAGCGAAUGGGGAAGAAAUUGGCACCUUGGAAUGGGAUCCACAAACCCUGGCGUGCUAGGUGGCUUCUCACCUAAGCUAGCCAGGGGAGAGGCCCAUGACAGGGAAAUGCUAAGCCCAAACCUCAGACAGAGAGCGGUGGAUCUCUGCUUCUGAGCACCAGACUUGGGAACCAGCCAGAUUAGGUGCCUACGUCAUUUCUUCCGAGAAUGGGGGAGGCACUUGCCUCAUUCCACCCCCAGCAUCCAGGGGAGGAGGCAGGCAUGGUGGCACCCACCAUAUCACGGUUAGCCCAGUGGGCAGAGUAAUCGGUCCCAAACUUUUCCCUAGGGCAACCCACCAACCCAGCUGCAGUUUGACUUUUUGGGGACCCGCCAUUAUCCCUUCUCCCCUUCCCAGCUGAUUCCUUGCCCUGCUCCCUUGAACCACCCUGGUGCUCUCCCUCCCCAUCGCCUCUCCGCCCCCAGCCUCUCCCUCCUCUCCCCUGACAGUCGUUGGGGUUUAGGGCCACAAGGGAGCAGCAGAUCAUCUGGGGCUGACCUCAUGUAUACGAGAGGCCAGAGAACAGGAGGGGCACCAGUGGCUGACGCCCGUGCAGUGGCAGAGACACGCUGAUGCUGAUGUACCCUUGUUGCCAAGGCAUUUGAGAUUCGUUGUCCCAAAUCAGAGGGAAGUGGAAAUGAAUGAGGAAUUUUAUAUCCCCUAGUUGAUAAACGAGGUAGAGGGGUAAAAGUUGAGUGGAACGCCAUCUACAUUUUUGGGAAUUAGAGAGAAAAUGGGGGAAAAAACUUGCAAGGACUUUAUAUCAACCAAUAAUCAAGAAUUUGACAAAACAGCAACAUCGGAGAAGAUCUGAUGUUAAUACACCUCUACCUCAAUAUAACACGAAUUCAGAAAUAACACGAUAAAGCAGUGCUCGGGCGGGGGGGGCUGCGCACUCCAGCGGAUCAAAGCAAGUUCGAUAUAAUGCAGUUUCACUUAUAACGCGGUAAGAUUUUUUGGCUCCCGAGGACAGCGUUAUAUCGCGGUAGAGGUGUAUAUCAUUAGAUGGGGAAAUCUCAGGGGAUAAUAGAUCAGUUACAGAUAAUUAGAGAAAAACAGGGCCAUUUUUUUAAGGAUGCUAUGUCACUAUUUUAGAAUGAAGGCGUAAGCGGAGGUGAAAACCUAUAUAUUUGUUCACAGAGAAAAACACCAAUAUCAAUGUUCGGUAAUUUGAGAGACAGACGGGAGACAUUAUAUAGACAUGAUCAAUAAACAACAGAAGGGGAUGGUUCCCUCUUGGCUGACAAUCACACGGCAGCAAGGAGCCCUGGGCAAUGCUGCUUUAACAGGGGAUGGGAUGAGGGUGAAUGCAGCCAGUGGGGAGCGGGAGAGCAUGGGGGUCUGGGACCAUGACUAGCCGCUGGUGGCAGGAGGGGGCUGGGUUGGGCUGGGGUAGGGACGAAGCAGGAAGCAGUUGGGAGACGGUAAUCUGGGGCUGGGCCGUCUCCAUGGGGGGAUGGACACGCUCCUCCCUUUCUGUCUUGUGCCCUUUCCAUGCCUUGUUGCUGGCAGAGAAUGGCCACCCAAUCCCCACCCCAGAGGCAGGCGCAUCUCAGGGUCCUCUUAUUCUGCACCCACUAACCCCCUGCCCAUUCGGGGAAUGGCUGAGGGCAUCGAGUUCCCCCC